AUGGCCCGUACAAAGCAGACUGCCCGCAAGUCGACCGGUGGCAAGGCCCCGCGGAAGCAGCUGGCCACCAAGGCGGCCCGCAAGAGCGCGCCGGCCACCGGCGGCGUCAAGAAGCCGCACCGCUACCGGCCGGGCACCGUGGCCCUGCGCGAGAUCCGGCGCUACCAGAAGUCGACCGAGCUGCUGAUCCGCAAGCUGCCCUUCCAGCGGCUGGUGCGCGAGAUCGCGCAGGACUUCAAGACCGACCUGCGCUUCCAGAGCUCGGCCGUGAUGGCGCUGCAGGAGGCGAGCGAGGCCUACCUGGUGGGGCUGUUUGAAGACACGAACCUGUGCGCUAUCCACGCCAAGCGCGUGACCAUCAUGCCCAAAGACAUCCAGCUGGCCCGCCGCAUCCGCGGGGAGCGGGCUUAUUUGAAAAUGGGGAUAACUACCUCUUGGGAUAUCAUGGCCCGUACGAAGCAGACUGCCCGCAAGUCGACCGGUGGCAAGGCCCCGCGGAAGCAGCUGGCCACCAAGGCGGCCCGCAAGAGCGCGCCGGCCACUGGCGGCGUUAAGAAGCCGCAUCGCUACCGGCCGGGCACCGUGGCCCUGCGCGAGAUCCGGCGCUACCAGAAGUCGACCGAGCUGCUGAUCCGCAAGCUGCCCUUCCAGCGGCUGGUGCGCGAGAUCGCGCAGGACUUCAAGACUGACCUGCGCUUCCAGAGCUCCGCCGUGAUGGCGCUGCAGGAGGCGAGCGAGGCCUAUCUGGUGGGGCUGUUUGAAGACACGAACCUGUGCGCCAUCCACGCCAAGCGAGUGACCAUCAUGCCCAAAGACAUCCAGCUGGCCCGCCGCAUCCGCGGGGAGCGGGCUUAAGGCACGCGUU